AUGGGGUUUCUUGGAGUCUACCGGGCUCUCUACGACUACGUGCCUCAAGCCCAGGGCGAGCUCGCCAUCAAUGAUGGGGACCUACUCUAUAUUCUCGAUAAGAAUGAAGACGACGGCUGGUGGAAAGCAAAGAAGAAGGCCGGAGCUGAAGACGAAGAAGAGCCAACCGGCCUUGUGCCUGCUAAUUAUGUCGAAGAGAUCUCCUUUUUCGCAAUCAAGGCUCAACCGGUAGAUCACGCUCGCGCUCUUUUCGACUACACGCGCCAGACUGACGAGGAGCUAUCAUUCCAUGAGGAUGCUACUCUUGCUGUUUACGAUACGUCCGAUCCUGACUGGAUCCUGACUGGCCUCGAUGGCGACUACGGUUUUGUUCCUUCUAACUACAUCGAAUUGGGGGCACCCGUCGAGUCCGCUGAGCCCCCGUUGCCAUCUCCACCGCCCGCGCUCCCUUCAAGACCACGAGCUCCCUCGAUUCCCGAACCCGAACCGGAAGCGGCUUCUCCGGACCUACCGAGCGACACUGCGCCUCCUGCCCCGAACCCUGCUGCUGCUAUCGCGGGUGUCAUGCAUAAUCGUUCGGUUUCUCAGCAGUCUCAGCAGUCUCAGCAGUCUGUGGCCCCUCGACAGCCCCCUCGCGCGUCUGUCACGUUCAGCGAGCCCCCAGAUGUCGAAGAUGAGCCUGUGAGAUCACCGACACUGCCAGCACGACCACGAGUGCCAGCGCCGCCAUCGCCACAUUAUGAUGAGCCCCCUUCUCCUGUCCCUACUCGUAGCUUUCAAGACCAUCGGGAUCCCGAACGGCGCCAAGACGUUGAGCGUACCCCUGGUGGGUUUCACAUGUAUAAUAUCAAUGAGAUGAUAUCUGUCAUGGGCAAGAAAAAGAAGAUGCCCACAACAUUAGGAAUCAAUCUCAUGACAGGCAUUAUACUGGUUGCUCCCGAGCAUGCUUCAGAUGGACCCUCGCAAGAAUGGACUGCCGACCGCAUGACGCAUUAUUCGCGAGAGGGAAAGCACGUUUUUAUGGAGCUUGUGCGCCCAAGCAAAAGUGUCGACUUUCACGCUGGAGCAAAAGAUACUGCCGAGGAAAUUGUUAGCAUGCUAGGCGAAUUAGCUGGUGUUAUACGCUUUGAAGGACUUCGUGAGUCGAUGAUUGGAGGUUCACAGGGUGGUAGUGGCGGUGGUUUGAAGAAAGGUCAGAUUCUGUACGACUUCAUGGCCCAGGGCGAGGACGAGGUAACUGUUGCGGUGGGAGACGACGUAUUCGUCCUCGACGACACCAAGAGUGAAGAAUGGUGGCAAGUUCGCCGCCUCAAGAAUGGAAAAGAAGGAGUGGUCCCUAGCAGCUACAUCGAGAUAACCGGCUCCACCGCGCCACCAGCCUCUGGUGGUAUCAGUUCGGCCAAGUCACUAGUGGAACAAAACCGUCUCGAGGAAAUCAGGUUGACGAAGGAAGCCAUGAAGGCUAGCAAGGAACCUCAGCAGGUAGGACCGGGAAUGCCUCUCCCUGAACGGGGCAGUAGCCUUACGGCACGAGAAACUGGUAGUAAUUCGGGACAACAGCGAAGCCGUCGAGAAAAUGGACGAAACGAUGGCGGCAAUCAAAGCCGAUCAAAGGCCAAGCCAGACGCGUCCAAGGUACGAACCUGGACAGACCGGUCUCGAUCUUUCAGUGUGGAGGCUCAGUUCCUCGGUUUGAAGGAUGGAAAGAUCCACUUACACAAGAUGAAUGGCGUCAAGAUUGCUGUUCCUAUCACAAAAAUGUCACGCGAGGACCUCGAAUAUGUUGAAAACUUUACAGGCAUAUCUUUGGAAGACGACAAGCCAUUGGCAGAUGUUAAGCGUGCUAGGUCUGCGGAGAAGAAAUCCCCUGAACGGAGCCCCUCGGCAGGAGUGACUAUUGAUAAAGAUUCCAAGUCUGACUACGACUGGUUCCAAUUCUUCCUGUCCUGCGAGGUCGCCGUGGGCCUGUGUGAACGCUACGCACAGGCUUUCAUCAAGGACUCGAUGGAUGAGAGCGUACUCCCCGAUGUCGAUGCCGCUUCAUUGAGGGCGCUUGGAAUUCGCGAAGGCGACAUCAUCAAAGUUAUGCGUACCUUGGAUGCCAAGUACGGCCGCAGUCGUGGUGGAAAGAGGGGAACCGCCGAUGGAGCCGAUGGCGAAGGGGGUCUGUUUUCUGGGCCAGGUGGUGCACUACGAAACAACACUCGUAAGGGCAGACCUGCACCUGCAGUUCAAACAAGCGAUGUUGUAGAUGCCAGUGCAUUCUCUCGAGGUGAAUCAUCCAGGGCUGGCGACGACGAUGCGAAAUCACCACCACCAACGAGCCCCUCGAACAAGAGCCCCAGACUUCCCCAAGCUGCUAGUUCAGGAUUCGACGACGAUGCUUGGGAUGUCAAGCCAAGCAAGCAACAGUCGUCGCCGCAGCCAAAGCCACAACCCCGUGCUGAGUCUAGCCAGAAGCCUGCACCUGAGCCUACCCCAGUCGCGCCUCCUCCUCCGGCCCUUACCGGUUCUAUGCAGGAGUUGUCCUUGCUGUCGACACCUCUCGAACCCACCAGGGCCGAACCGGCACCGGCGCCAGCACCCAUUCUCUCAUCUCAGCCGACUUCGUCGGUACCAGCAUCGCAACCUCUUGGUGGAGCUACUCCCUCAUUCUUUACAUCUGUUGCACAGGCACGCCAACGUCCCACCCCGCCACAUGGAUCUGCAAACCAAAGCUCUCUUGUCCCACCGCCUCCUCAGAGACCUCUAUCGGCCCCUCUGUCAGCUCAGCCUAGCGGGUUUGCCCCUCCUCCCAUGAUGCCUCAGAUGACAGGCGCCUUACAAGGUCAAGUUGCUCCUCCUGGCCAAAGCCUUAGUGAUCUCACCCAGGCGCGUCUGCAGCAACAGUACACGGCUCAAAUGCAACAACACCAGCCUCUCCAACAAAUGCAGCCUAACAUGACUGGAUUCCCUGGACCGCAAGGCCCUGGCAUGAUGUCUUUCCCCACCGGUGCCGGACAAUUUAUGCAACCCAUGAUGACGGGUAUGCAGGGGCAGAACCAAUUUGCGCCUAUGCAAGCUCAACCUACCGGCUAUCAGCCAUCGUACCCUGCCACGCAAUCAAUGUACGGAGCCCCUACUGGAGGUAUAAACAGUUACUUGCCGCCAGCCCUCGAACCCCAACGAACAGGCAUGCCUGGCUUGCAGCCUCAAAUGACCGGUAUGACGAACAUGGGUGGUAUGGGUGGCGUGGGCGGCCUGAAUAACGUGCCGUCCCCCCAGCCUCUGCAACCACAGCAGACAGGACCGCCUCCUGCUGUGCGAUUUGGUGUGACAAACGAGACCAAACUGGCGCCUCAAGCCACUGGGCGAAGGGCCAACCUGGCGCAAGCGACUCCCCAGAACCCCUUUGGUUUUUAA